UUUUUUCCUUGCUUUACAGGUUGCAUGGAUUGAGUAAAUUAGGCAUGGAAUGAUAUUUUGCUUAGAAAAAGUCCACCAAUGUUUGCUUCCCUCUAAAUCUGCAAUUAUGAGCUCAGUUUGAAUGGCAACUGCUAUCAAUGUGAGGCCAUUUGGCCCCACCAGAGACAUGGAUGGAAGUGGAAGACCUCAGUCACAUCCUACUAAUGUCACUGUUAGGGAAGUCCAUAGAGGAAGCUGGUUGAAGAAGGUGGAAGUUCAGGGAUAUGGACUCCAACGAUUUCAGCCUAAGAACAUGGCCUUGAAGAAGAUGGACUCAUAUUGGACCAUAUUUUGUAUCCAUGAUGAUGAAGAUCCUCAUCUGGAAUUCUACCCUGACAAGAAAUCAGCAGCUCCUCACAAGCCAGCUCUUAGCAUCCCAUUGCGAAACUGUCUACACAUCUCACCUUUCCUAAUAAAUGAGAAUGAGAAUGAGCACACCUUUGUAUUGACUUUAUCAGAUGGAAUCGUUCAACUUGUUGCCAGCUCCAGGGAGGAGAUGGAGGGAUGGAUGGAAACACUAAGCUAUCAACUUAGAUCUCUGAGCAUAUUGACCCCUAAAGAUAAUAAUUAUUCCAAAGAGCCUGUGGCUCGUGCUCCCCUGGCCCCUAUUCGAGACCCACAUUCUCCAUUGCCAGCUCCACCUCCUAUCCCAGCAAGACCACCACCAGGCACUGUGGUGGAACGAAGUCGCAGCCUCAAUGAGGCAGAGUCAUCUAGUCCUGCUACAACUUCUCCUGCAUUUAGGGAGAGGAGCCUUACUUCUGGAACAAUUGUAGCUCCUCCAUUGAUGCAGGAAGUUCCAAAUCUUUCUGGUUCACAAUCCUUACGGAGAGCUCAGUCACUACAAGUUCAUCCUCAACACAUCUGUGAUAGAUUUAUGGAAAUAUCCACAUCAUCUUGGCUGCAUGAUUCAUCUAGUGAAUAUGAGUCAUUAGCAUUGGCAACUUCAGGGCUUUCAGAGAGUCGACGCAGUCCUGCCAGAAGCAUUUCUAUUCCUAGAGCUGCCAGCCUUGACUCCAGAGAUCGACCACACACAGAUAUGAGAGAGGCAGGAGGUGGAAGAAGCCAUGUUGUCACCUUGACUCUGAGAGAGCAGCAGGUGGCUCAGCUAAAGAGAGAAAUGAUUCAUCCAGCUGGAGUACGGUUACGACUCAGUAGGCGUGACUGCCUUGACUCUGUUGCCUUUGUCCAGUGCUUCAAUUCUGUCUGGGUGGCUGGCUGGAAGCAGAAAGAACGACCUCUGCUUCACACAGCAUUCCACAUAGGUGAUAGAGUUCAACGUGUGGGAUCAGAAAACAUCUCUACUUCUGCUCAACUCCACCGUCUCCUCAAGAACCACCCAGGAUUCAUGAUAGAAGUUGUGGUGGAACGGGUUCCCCAUGGACAUGUGAUGGUCAUUAAACGUGAACACGAUGGCCAAGACCUUGGGAUUCAUUGUGCUGGUGGGGCAUCUGAAAUUGAAGUGGUCAAUCCACUGGGCCUUGCUGCUGCUCAAGGGCUCACUCUGGAAGCCAAGGCUGUAGAAACUGGCCUUCCAACAAAGUGGUUCAUCACCGAAGUCAAUGGCAGGCCCCUGAAUCUGUUUUUCAAGAACAAGGAAGUGGAGGCACGGCUCAAUGCUGUUGGCAAAGAGGUAUCUCUUCUGGUCCAGCCUGUUGAUCUGAUAUCUGCUAUGAAGAAGCAACUGAAGAAAAUCUCGAACUACAAACAUUUCAUUGUUCAAUGAUUUGUUUUCCUUUCAGACCUCCUGCUUGUUUCAAAGCAUUUUUUUCAAAUCCUUUACAACUGUUGGGU